CUUCUGUCUCGUAAAUGUCCAGUUGCUAAAUCAGGGUCACACUCAUGGCCCAGCCGGAAAAGAAACUCUUAGCAUCGUCCCCCGCCGACUAUUCACCGGCUUGCCGUCCUUGGGAAGGCAUCUUCUAGAAGGCCAAAUACUCCCAGAGCGCUGAACCAAUCUUGCUUUAUACUUUGCCUGUGGGCCAAGAACAUCGGAGCCUUGUCUGGUCGUUCUCAUACGAUGACGGCCCUAGGAGUAAUGCGAUAGUCCUCCAGCCUGGUCGAUUCGAGGCCGCACCAGUUGACCUUUGCAACCUGCACUGCAUGUACCCUGGAACCCGCGAUGGCCAGCCCAGCAAAGAAACGCAGGCUGAAUACCGACAGCAAACAGCCCGCCAAGGGACUGGAAUACUUCUUUGCAAAGCAGAAACAGAAUGCCCCAGAUCCCGUUCCCGAGAAGCCGGACGAGCCGGUCGCGCCAAAUAAUGAGCAGGAGCUGACGGACGAAGAGCUCGCCAGGAAGCUUCAGGCCGAGUGGGAUGAGGAGGCUGCUCAAGCCGGGCGAUCGAAUGGGGACCAGGCAACACCAAAGCAAGAGAUCGCCGGCGGUGUUGAGCAACAGAAGCCUGAACCCCCUGGAGUAGACACACCCGAGGCCCCUGGGACGCCUAAAACUGCCCCUCCCUCGGCUUUCCAGCAGAUGGGAAAGAACACCUUGUCGCUGCAGUCCAUGGCAGAUGCCGAGGAAUCAGUCUCAGCGACGAUACCGCUGGACGAGAGUCCACUAACGUUCGAGCCAGCCAAGUAUAUACCUGACCUGCAAAAAGCGUGGGCCGCGGAAGGUGGGAACGCUUCAUAUGCCCUACUCACAAGGUGUUUUGUGCUGGUUGGCGGGACGACAAAGCGCAUAAAGACGGUCGACACGCUGGUCAACUGUGUCCGGCUUCUCGUCGAGGCAGAUCCCGCCAGCCUCUUGCCUGCGGUCUGGCUCGCCACAAACUCAAUAUCGCCGCCGUACAUCUCUCUCGAGCUCGGCCUGGGCGGGUCAGCCAUUUCAAAGGCCUUGAAACAGGUCUGUGGCUUGGAUGGGAGGGCCCUGAAGACCAUUUACGACAAAUAUGGUGACCCCGGGGACGUGGCAUUUGAGGCCAAGAAGAAGCAGAGCUUCACCUUGCGCAAGCCGAAGCCACUGACGAUCAAGGGCGUGUAUGAUUCGUUGGUCAAGAUCGCCAAUAGCUCCGGCCAGGGCAGCGUUGAGCAGAAGCAGAGGAUUGUGGACCGCCUGCUGCAAGACGCGAGAGGUGGCGAGGAGAGCCGGUACAUCGUGCGGACGCUGUGUCAACACCUUCGCAUCGGUGCGGUCAAGACGACGAUGCUGAUUGCACUGUCUCGAGCUCUCCUGCUUUCACGGCCGCCGGGUGCUGACUUUCCCAUCAGGACCCAGAAAGAGUUAGCGGCAAUGAGGAAGGAGGAGCUGACAGAGACGUACGCAAGGGCUGAAGAGAUCGUGAAGGCAUGCUUCGCCCGUCGGCCCAAUUACAAUGAUCUCGUUCCGGUCAUGCUUGAGAUUGGUGUGUGCGAGGAGCUGCUCAUCCGGUGCGGCCUGACGCUGCACAUCCCAUUACGACCCAUGCUGGGCAGUAUCACGAGAGAUCUGGCCGAGAUGCUGACCAAGCUCGAUGGUCGGGAGUUUGCCUGCGAAUUCAAGUACGACGGCCAACGAGCCCAGAUCCACUGCGAUGAGAAGGGCAAGGUUACGAUAUUCUCGCGCCAUCUGGAACUCAUGACCGACAAGUAUCCCGACCUUGUUGCUCUCAUACCAAAGGUCCGCGGCGAAGGUGUAGAGAGUUUCAUCAUGGAGGGCGAAGUCGUUGCCAUCGACCGCCAGAAUGGAGACCUCAAGACGUUUCAGACACUAUCGAACCGAGCCAGGAAAGACGUGCAGAUUGGCAGCGUCACCAUCGACGUCUGCAUGUAUGCUUUCGACCUGAUGUAUCUCAAUGGACAGCCCCUACUCGAUCGCCCAUUCCGUGAGCGACGAGAACUACUGCGGUCGCUUUUCACGGAAGUCCCGAAUCAUUUCACGUGGGUCAAAAGCCUCGACGCGACAUCCCAGGACGCGGAGGUGGUGUCGGACUUCUUCAAGCAGGCCACAGACAUCAAGUGCGAGGGCAUCAUGGUCAAGAUCCUCGACAACCUGCCCGACCUCGCCUACGAUGCCGAGGACGCAGGCGAGGCCGGCGCGGAGACCGCCAAGCCGAAACCGCCGCCAACCCCAACCAAGGGCAAGAAGGCGGCAAAGGGCAAGGCAAAGGGUAAAUCGGAAGAGCAGGAAGAAGGCACAGAGGGGAGGAAGAAAUCCCGGCGCAAGCCCCUCCUCGCGACCUACGAGCCCGACAAGCGCCUCGACUCGUGGCUCAAGGUCAAGAAGGACUACGGCACCACCUUUGACACGCUGGACCUGGUGCCCGUGGCGGGGUGGCACGGGCAGGGCCGCAAGCACAAGUGGUGGUCGCCGAUCCUGCUGGCGUGCCGCAACGAGGAGACGGGCAGCCUGGAGGUGGUGACCAAGUGCAUCAGCGGGUUCACGGACGCCUUCUACAAGGCCAACAGGGAGUUCUACGACGACGGCGGCGGCGGCGAGGGCGGCUCCGGCGAGCCGAGGAACACGCACGCCCGCCAGCCGGGCUUCGUCGAGUACUCGGGCCCGCGGCCGGACGUGUGGUUCGAGCCGCAGGAGGUGUGGGAGAUGGCGUUUGCGGACAUCACGCUGAGCCCGGUCUACACGGCGGCGAUCGGGCUCGUCAGCGAGGACCGGGGCCUGAGCAUGCGGUUCCCGCGGUUCCUGAGGAAGAGGGAGGACAAGGGGAUCGAGGAGGCGAGCACGAACGAGUUCCUGGCCAGCCUGUACCGGAAGCAGGGCGAGAAGGCUGUCGCUGCUGCGCCAACUCGGGAACACGCGGGCGGGGACGACGACCCUGAUCGGGAUGUUGAAGUAGAAGAGGAGUGA